UUUGCUGUGAAGCAAAAUAUUUCGUGCAGACAAGGCACGGAAUUUGUGCUCUGAGAAAGAUUUCACGAGUAAGGAUUUUAUUGUAGAACUGUCUAAGCUAUAACUUGUUAGAGGUAUUGUAGUACAAGUGGAAUUCAUAAAAGUGUGUGUAUAUUACAAUGGAAUGGAUUAAAUGAAAAGAAAUGAUUCUGUCGCGCCAUCUCUACUUUAGUAAAAAUUAGAUAUUAUAAAAUGUCUUAUUUAAUCGUUCAUGUAAUUGCUCAAGAUAUAAAAUUUUGUUAACCUGAAGUUCAUUGGAAAGCAGUCUAUCAUCAUGACGACGAACGGUCGCACGCAAGAACCGACUUCUUUCCCAACUCUCAUUCAAAUCAAAGCAGUUAUACCGACUUAUUUGUUCGAAACAAAUCUAGCUCUAUCCUUAUACUACGUAAUAAAGGAUAUUUUACUCAUGUUCGUUUUAUACGCGGCACUCUUGAUACUAGAGUCAAUGUUACCGGCUAGUUUCAUGUGCGUCAUAUUUCCUGUUUACUGGUAUUUACAAGGGACAAUGCUGAUGGCCGUGUUUGUACUCGGUCAUGACUGCUGCCAUGGUUCUUUCUCAAAGUAUGAAACAAUCAAUGAUGUUUUUGGAACUAUUCUACAUUCUAUGGUGUUGACACCGUACUAUCCGUGGAAAAUAUCUCACAGAAAUCAUCAUAAAAAUACAGGAAACAUCGACAAGGAUGAAGUUUUCUAUCCCGUAAGAGAAAGGAAUGACAACGGGAAUAAUUUUGCUUUUUUAUUUGGACUAGGAAUCGGCUGGUUUGUUUACUUGUGGAGAGGAUAUCAUCCGAGAAACGUUUGUCAUUUGAACCCUUUAGAAUCCAUGUUUUGUAAUCAUGUGACCGGAUGUACAUUAUCGAUAGCAUCUCUGAUUGGUUGGGUCGGAUGUCUUUACUACUACGCAUGCUCAGUUGGGCUUUGGGGAUUGCUCAAGUAUUAUGUAAUACCGGAACUGGUAUUUGCAAGUUGGUUGCUCACAGUGACGUUUCUCCAUCACAUCGAAGAGGAAACACCGUGGUAUUCAGAUGAUAACUGGAACUACGUGAAAGGGGCUUUGAGCUCAGUAGACAGGGACUAUGGUUGGGCACAUGACGUGAUUCAUAACAUUGGAACUCAUCAAAUACAUCACCUGUUUUCCAGGAUUCCACAUUACAAUCUAGAAGACGCGACUAGACAUUUCCGCAAAAACUUUCCGGAACUAUCUCGAUACAGGAACGAUAAGAUCUUCCCGACAUUAUUGAGAUUGUACAAAAAAUUUUCAAGCCAAUUUCGUAUCAGAAAUGAAACUUCAUUCCACGUGUACACAUAAUCAAAAAGGUUACACACCUUAUUUUAUUGUCACAUUUUAAACCAUUUUUUCUUGUACCUUAUCAAUAGACAGUAACGAUUGUUAACUUAAAGGCAAGUAAUGCACCCCCGAGAGACGCUCUGACGUCAAUAAAGUUGCAAUCGUAUAUCAACGAAGGAAGUAAUAUAUCAAUUCAUAUGCAGCAAAGCAUCUCGCAAAAUUUCACUAAAUUAGAGAUAAUGAUAGCACUUUUAGUAAGCCCCGCGAGACUCAUUUUCGUACACGCUAUAUUGCGUGAUGUUUCAUUUCCAUGACGCAAGUAGGCUAUAAAUUCAAAAAUAGGAACCAGAUGUCACUUGAAUUUCCACGUGUGUAUUCAGAAGAAAGCUUCUUAACUUCGCAUGCUUGCAUCCGAAAGAUGUUAUUACAUGUAGGUUUACAAAAUGUCAGUAUAACCUUAAUAUGUUAGUUGGGAAAAAAUACUGUCAUAAAAACAUUCCCUCUUACAAACGUAAGCAAGGAAGUUAAAUCGCACUUUCUCUUAUCGUCACCAUUUUUUGCACAUAUUCAGUUGACAUUAAUACUUGAUAUCAAGUAGUUACUUAAAAUUCGACUUUUAUUUACCAUGAAACAUUGACAGCUUGAACAUGUAAAAAGGGCUGUCGGAGGACCGGAACGCUCUACCAUCUACUGUCACUUAAAACGUUGAAAUAAUGGGGAAAAAAUGACUCAACAAGUUCAAACGGGCAACAUAUUUGAUUCAUUGGUUUCCCCCCUCAAUUGAGGGAACACAUUAAAUCAUAUAUUUGCCAAGUUAAAUAGGAGCACAACAAAACAGAGUUAUGGGACAAGUGCAUUACAUGACAGGGAACAAGUGUGUGAUACUGAGAUACUACAGAACCAAAGAUUGCCAAAUCGAAAUAGGGGAAUAGCUUUGUAAAUAUGUAAAAUAGAGUAAUUAAAUCUGCACAGAACAUGCCAGGUCAUCGCAG